AUGUCUUUCUUCUUUAACCGCGGUCGAUCUCGGCAGCCAUCUGAUGUUGUGAGAUCAAUCAAAGAUCUGUUAGUGAGGCUCCGCGAGUCUCCAACCACAGCAAAAGUGGAAGAUGAAUUGGCCAAGCAACUUUCGCAGAUGAAACUUAUGGUGCAGGGAACUCAAGAAAUUGAAGUCUCCCCCGACCAAGUACAUGCCCUAGUUCAAGCUAUGCUCCAAGAGGACCUUCUCUACGAACUUGCUGGCGCUCUUCAUAACCUUCCAUUCGAGGCAAGAAAGGACACCCAGACGAUAUUCUCUCACAUACUCCGCUUCAAGCCUCCUCAAGCCAACUCACCCGACCCUCCCGUCGUCUCUUACAUCGUGCACAACCGUCCUGAAAUCAUUAUCGAAUUAUGUAGGGGCUACGAACACAGCCAGAGCGCGAUGCCGUGUGGGACUAUCCUGAGGGAAGCACUGAAGUUCGACGUGAUAGCUGCGAUUAUUCUAUAUGAUCAGUCCAAGGAGGGUGAACCCGCCAUCAGGCUCACCGAAGUUCAACCUGCCACUCCCCAGCACGGAACUGGUAUAUUCUGGAGAUUCUUCCAUUGGAUAGACCGCGGAAGCUUUGAGCUGAGUGCAGACGCAUUCACCACAUUCAGGGAAAUCCUCACGCGCCACAAGUCUCUCGUGACAGGGUAUCUAUCAACAAAUUUCGAUUACUUCUUCGCGCAGUUCAACACUUUCCUCGUACAAUCUGACUCUUAUGUCACCAAAAGACAGAGCAUCAAGCUCUUGGGUGAAAUACUACUGGACCGUGCGAACUACAGUGUGAUGAUGAGAUAUGUGGAAAGUGGAGACAACCUUAAACUUUGCAUGAAGCUCCUUCGGGAUGAUCGCAAAAUGGUUCAAUACGAAGGAUUCCAUGUAUUCAAGGUAUUCGUCGCGAACCCAGACAAAUCAGUGGCCGUACAGCGGAUUCUCAUCAACAAUCAAGAUCGGUUACUGAAAUUCCUGCCGAAAUUCCUCGAGGACCGCACGGACGAUGACCAGUUUACCGAUGAGAAGAGUUUCCUGGUUCGGCAGAUCGAACUUUUACCCAAGGAACCCAUUGAACCAACACGUUCUGCUCGCGAGCCGUCUCGUCAAACCGCCAACACCACGACCGUAGCAUGA